CUGGUCCUCUGCUUCCUGUUUGGAUGCAAUGUCCUUCUGAUCCUCCUUCCGACCUUGUCUUCCUUCAUGUCCAGAGUGCUGCAGAAUGAUGCAGAGCCAGAGCCACAGAUGAGGGCAGAGAUCCAGGAUAUGAAGCAAGAGUUCUCCAUGGUCAACAAGAUGAAUGAGUUUGCCAGAUAUGCCAGCCUGGAAUGGAAGAUCAACAGGAUGGUGGACCAGCUCAAGACUUAUGUGAAAGCACGGACUGCUCAACUAGCCAAGAUAAAAUGGUUUUUAAGUGUUGCUUUCUAUACAUUGCAAGCUACCUUGAUGAUGUCACUCAUUUGGAAGUAUUAUUCUGCCCCAGUGACUGUUGUGCUGAGGAAAUGGAUAACACCACUAGACCACCUGGUAGCCUUCCCUGCUAGAAUAGCAGGUGGUGUUGGAAUUACUAGUUGGAUUUUUGUCUGGAACAAGUUGUGGCAACCCCUUGUACUUUACACCUUCAGCCAAACAGAAAGAUGA